AUGACUUUUGAUCCUUCAGCCCUCAGGCAGGCCGUGACCAAGAAGUCAAAGGCCCCUCAAACCCGAGCUCCGGGGCAGAAGAGAGGAAAGAAGAGAGCUAGGGACAUGGAGAAUAUCAGGAGUGGGCCUGGCGAAACUUCUGCCCGAGGAAAUACCCCGACCACACAGGCCACAGAGACUCCUACUGGUCCACCUCGGUCACAUCCUCGGCCAAGGAGUACUCCCGAGGUUGUUGACCUCGAGGAUGAGGUUCGACCUAUGCCCUCUUUCCAAAACCAGGAGCCUGACUGGUGUCCUCUGGUGUCAAGCAUCGUGGACAAGUACAGGAAGGACCUCGAUUUUGAUGAGGGCAUGAAGGCUUUGGAAUCUCUUACUCUGAAGGCUUUGAGCAUUGCCCGAGGCCUUUCUCUGAAGGGGAAAGAUGAGGCCCAAAAGACUACUGAACUCGAGGACUCUUCUCGAGCACUGGAGAAGAGGAUAGCUGACUUGGAGGCUGAUCGGUUCCUUCUCCAGAAGGAGCUCGAGGAUUCGAAAAAUGAUGCCCAUAGAGCUCGAGAAGAGGCUGGAACUGCUAAGGGCGAGGCUGAAGGUUUAAAGCUCGAGAUCGAGCGUUUGAAGGUUGAUUUUGAGGCUCGCCUGGCUGAAGCUCAAGGGGUCGCGAUUGAGGACUUUAAAAUGUCCGAGGAGUUUAACGGCCUCACGGAGGAGUAUGCUAUGGGCUCGUACUUCCAUGCCUUCAAGGAAGCUCGGGCGUUUUUGAGAUCGAAGCCCGAUGCUAAUCCCGAGGAUCUAAAGAACAUCCCCGAGAUUGCUGAUACUCUCGAGCUGUCAGAGUCCGAGGAAACCGUCGAGGACCAAGAGGUCGAUGUUCACGGCGAGGACACGGUGGAGGAGCAGGGGAGCACAGCCUCGGGAGAAAGGGCCGAGGACUUAGAUUAG